AUGAGCUGGAGCUUGGUUGAUGUCUCUGUUGCUUCGAUUCACGAGUACAAGAACAAUGGGUUUGCCAAAGUCGGCAACGGUGGCUAUUUCCUUGGUGGUACUGAAGGUGUUUACGGUUCUAAAGGAAGUUCCUUUAUCACGUUUGAUAAUGUAACCUUUGUGAGGACUAAGGAAUNUGCUAGCAAGCAGAGUUCAAUUCUGGCAUCUGCAGGAUUAGUGGAAGCAUUUCUGUUUGAGAUGAACAAAAGUGACAAAAUUGAAGAAUCUUUUCUUAAAGCUGAUGGCUUAUGUUGUACACCAGAACUUGCGGAUGCUGGAUCCUGCAAAUUGGGAGAAGUUAUAGUUAAGAAAGACAUCAAUGAUUCUGAAUGGCCUAAACAGAUUUCGACAUUCUUUAAAGGGAAACUGGAUGGUACCAUAAUCAGAGGAAGAACGGUUUGGAAGAACCAAGGAGGUUAUUUACCAGGAAAGAUGACUCCUUUGAUGAGGUUUUAUGGGAUCAUGUCCAUAGCUUAUCUUUUGCUUGGCCUAGUUUGGUUUCUACAGUUUGUUCUGUAUUGGAAAGAUGGACUCCAACAUCUGCACUAUCACAUAGCCUUGGUAAUUGCUCUUGGCAUGUGUGAAAUGGCUUCACGGUAUCUUGAACUCAGUAACCUCAACUUAACUGAUGCUUACCAGUUGAAGAUGCUUCUUCUCGGUGCCAUUUACUUUGUUGCACGAGAAACUCUUGGGUUGGUAGAACAUUUUGGAAACAUCAAUUUCAUGUAUGGAAAUGGAAUGACAUUUCUGAUGCUCUCGGUGGCUAUACUAGAAGUUUUCUUCCUCCGGUGGAUCUUCUGGUCCUUGAGGAAAACUCUUGAGAAACUCAAGAUGAAGAGUAACAUGAUCAAGCUACAGCUCUAUAGAAAGUUUGCAAAUGCACUAGUGAUCUCGGCGUUGCUCUCCACGGCUUGGAUAUGGGUGGAGGUAAAAGGGUGGAUCGUUCCAGCGUUUUGGUAUAUAGUUGCAUAUGUUCUAUUGGUAAUCAUAUGUCUAUUCUGGUCUCCAUCGAAUGACCUUACUAGAUAUCUAUAUGUAGCAGAGGCGGUGGACGAGAUUGAAGAAGAAGGCAUCGCAUUGACGGGAAUGAAGACUAUGGAGAAGAAUGACAUGAUGGGGAAUUAUGUUGAUGAAGUGAUUCACAUGUUGGAGAAUUUUUCAGGGGAGACAUGA